ACUUACACUUCAUUUUCAUGUUCCAAAAGACCAAAAUCAAAUGAAUUUCAACACCACUCUUGAAUCCCAAGAUUAUGCUCUUCUUCAAUCCAUUCAACGGUUCCUCCUCGACGAUAACCAAGACUUAAAUGCACUCACGGCGGUUUUGGCCGCACCCAGCGGUGUUUCACCUCGGGAGAGCGGCGGCGGAGGAUCCACGUCCACCCUUUUCACCACCGCCGUCGAUUUGGGACAGCCAACAACUACUUCUGCAGAGGCGCGUGAUGAAUCUACGGCGGCGCGUGGGGAAUACACGGAGGAGCGUGGUGGAAACGCGUCGUACCAGAGGUUCAAGGGAGUGAGACGAAGGCCGUGGGGGAAGUUUGCGGCUGAGAUAAGAGAUCCGAAGAGGAACGGCGCGAGAGUUUGGCUUGGGACUUACGACUCGGCUGAGAGUGCGGCUUUGGCUUAUGAUCGAGCCGCGUUCGAAAUGCGUGGCUCCAAAGCUAAGCUUAAUUUUCCUCAUUUAAUUGGAAGUCAUGAGCCAAGCCAGAAAGAGUAACGGCUAAGCUGGAUUUAGUGAAGUGUUGCGCCAAAAUUUAAAAUGAGCUCAGAUGAGUUAAAUUGAAAAAUGAGUCAUAUUUAUGAUUGAUUUUAAAGAAAAUUUAUUAUAAAAUUUAAUGAUAUAUAUGAAGAGAAUAUUUUAUUAUUUUCCUUCGUAAUUUUCUAGGUUAUUCAAUGUAUAAUUUGUUCAUAAUAAGACUUUCUAUUUUUCUUA